CUUUUUACUCUCCCAUUCGUGGAAGUGGAUCACCCCUGACACCAGGCUCCAAGCAACCUCAAGAAGAAGAAUCCAUAUUUUUUUUUUUUGUGGCUGGAUCGUGACAUUACCUCCCAUUGAGCAAGUCUCCCCUCCACUACAACAACUCUGCAACCAUGUCAGGUUUAUUCAAGUCUUUCGGCACUAAGAAAGACAAAAAAGACGACAAGAAGGAAGACAAAAAGGACGACAAGACCAAAACCCUCAAAAAGGACGGAUCUUCGUCCUCAAAACCAGAGACCAAGGAGGAGGAUUUGGACAAGCCCCAUGGCAAGCUGGUGGUGAACGUUUCCAGCGGCAGGGGGUUUGCACCCACGUCGGCAAACGUUGUCUGCGUCGUGUCGUUCGAGCGCAACCAAACCCUUUCGAAGACCAGUGAUGGUGCCACUCCCAAGUGGGAUCAAUCAAUCACCUUUGAUGUCACUGACAAGGGACGAGACUUGACGAUUGAAUGCUAUUCGCGUGGUGCUUCGGGGAAUGAACUGAUUGGCAGCGUUCGCAUCCAGCCAAGUUACGGCGAUCAGGCAAGCAUGACAGACCAAUGGUAUCGCCUGCGCAACAAGGACAAUACCGCAGACACUGCUGCAGAGCUGCAUGUCGUGCAUACCUACAAGCACACCGAGGCAACCAGGUCGCUAACAAUCAACGAUUUCGAUUUGCUCAAGGUCAUUGGCAAGGGCAGUUUCGGAAAGGUCAUGCAAGUUCGCAAGAAGGACACCAACCGCAUUUAUGCGAUGAAAAUCUUGAAAAAGUCGCACUUGGUUGAGCGCGACGAGGUUGGCCACACCAAAUCUGAGCGCAUUAUUCUGGCCAAGAACUGCUCGCCCUUCCUUGUUGGGCUCAAGUUCUCCUUCCAAACACCCGAGAAGAUUUAUUUGGUGCUGGAUUACGUGAAUGGCGGCGAGCUCUUCUUCCACCUCCAGAACGAAGGCAAAUUCUCCGAGCAGCGCUCCAAAUUCUACACUGCGCAGCUCCUUUCAGCUCUCGAAUCGCUACACGCCAUCAACGUCAUUUAUCGCGACCUCAAGCCUGAGAACAUUCUUGUCGAUUUCGACGGCUUUAUCGCUCUGACUGAUUUCGGACUUUGCAAGGAAGAGAUCAAGCACGACGAAAAAACCAACACGUUCUGUGGCACUCCCGAGUACAUGGCGCCGGAGGUGCUGCAGCAAAAGGGCUAUGGCCCAUCAGUCGACUGGUGGACGCUUGGCAUCUUGCUGUACGAAAUGCUCACUGGUCUUCCGCCGUUUUAUGACGAGAACACAAAUCAAAUGUACCACAAGAUUCUGUUUGGAGACCUUGUCUUCACGGACGAAAUUUCCCCGAAGGCUCGGUCGUUGAUUGCAGGCUUGCUCGAUCGCGACCCCGCAAAACGACUUGGUGCAGGCCCCAACGGCGCCAAGGAGAUUAAGCAGCACGCUUUUUUCGAGGACAUGAACUUUGCCGAUCUCGAGGCAAAGCGCGUUCCCGUUCCUUGGAAGCCGUCGUUGGAAAACCAGUUUGACACUAGCAAUUUCGAUCCCGAGUUCACCGAGAUGCAGCCCCAGGACUCUGUUGUUCCCGACUCGCAUCUCAGUGCGACGGUGCAAAACCAGUUUAAGGGCUUUACAUAUGUCGACCACUCGGAAGCACUUCAAGGAGCGAUGUGAGCGGCGAUUUGCGCUUCGCUCUGUUUCCUUCUGGUUUUUUUCUUCUCCCGCGUCGUCGAGUCUGUGUGUCGCUUUCAAGCUUCCUUUGUGUGUUCUUGUCUUUGCAACUCGUUUCCUGCUUGUUUUUUUUUUUUUUGUUGACGUGCUAGUUUCGCAUGCUACACGAACUCAUUAAUGUUGUUGUUUCUUUGAUUGCUGUCCUCUCCUGCCCUAGCCUCUGCUUUGGCGCACGAGUGUGUCGUUGUUUUUGUUUUGUUUGUGUGUUUUGGCCGUUUGUUUGUUUGGCUCGAUGUCGUUUGUUUUUUUUCGCUGGCAUUCUGGAAAAUGCUGAAAACAAAAUUCUCAAAAUAAAUGGUGCUGUUUCAUGAUA